AUGGAGACAGAUAGUUUAAUUAUUAGUGAGCAAUCACGUCACCAACCGCAUAACAAGGCCCUCGCAGAUAUUGUUAAUGGAUCUAUUGCAGGUGCUCUAGGUAAAAUUAUAGAAUAUCCAUUCGAUACCGUCAAAGUCCGAUUACAGACUCAGGGCGCCCACAUUUUCCCAACAACUUGGUCCUGUAUUCGUUACACUUAUAAAAAUGAAGGUGUCAUGAAGGGAUUUUUCCAAGGUAUUGGAUCACCAAUCUGUGGUUCAGCUUUGGAAAAUGCUGUGCUAUUUGUAUCUUAUAACCAAUGCGCGCGGUUGCUCGAGAAGCAUACCAAUUGUUCAUCGUUACAACAAAUAAUCUUGUCAGGAGCAUUUGCAGGAUCUUGCGCAAGUUUGGUACUAACGCCAGUAGAAUUGAUCAAAUGUAAAUUACAGGUAUCCAAUUUAGGGUCUGGUAAGCCAGUAAAGAUUCUACCAACUGUUAAGCGUGUAUUAAGAGAAAGUGGUAUCGGAGGUCUUUGGCAAGGACAAUCAGGAACCUUCAUUAGAGAAUCACUAGGUGGUAUUGCAUGGUUUGCCACAUACGAAUUACUAAAGGAUCAUUUGUUACACAGACAUGAAGAUGGUGGUGCUGAUGGAGUUAAUAAAACUUGGGAAUUACUAGUUAGUGGUGGUAGUGCAGGGUUAGCAUUUAAUGCAAGUAUAUUUCCAGCAGAUACUUUAAAAUCUACGAUGCAAACUGAGCAAAGAAGCCUAAUAAGUAGUGCUACUAAAAUUAUGAAAACAGCAGGCUUAGCGGGGUUUUACAGAGGUUUAGGAAUAACAUUAGUGAGAGCAGUGCCUGCAAAUGCUGUGGUUUUCUACACUUUUGAAACCCUUUCCCAGAUGUAA